AUGAUGGGUGACUCUGAAUCCCCAUUGGACAACCUUGUUCGCAGGACGUCGAAACGCAAUGAGACUCCGACGACGUCGUAUGCGAGACUGCCACCCAACUCUCCGCUAUUGCACAGCGACUUUGCACGACAAUCAACGGCGACGGCAUCGUCCAACACGGACAACAACUCGUACCUGCGAUCAUCGUACCAAGAGUCAGAAUUUGACUAUCACCGGUACUAUGGCUACGAGGAGGACGAGCAGAAUGUUGCUAGGGAAUCAUGGCAGACGACGAGGGGGGGAGAGGAAGUACCUACGGUGGUUGUGUCGUCUCCAGAUGGACAAGUGCCGAGGGCGGGACGUAUGGCGAUUGUCAAGCCGAUUGGUACAAACUUUUCUCGACCUGGACGGAGUGUGGACGAUUUGCAAGAGCAAAAGCGACAUGUAUUGGAGAGGAAUCGGGUACAGCGAACAGGAUCGCCUGCUAGCUUGUAUUCGACAUACUCGUACUAUCCGUAUGACAGUGCGGUACCUUUGCCCACCGGACUAGUGAUGCCUACACCUAUACCUGGGAGUACGGCUACACCGAGGACUAUGAUGACUACGCCUACGCUAACGAUAACGGCUCCGCCGAGGGAAAGAACAUCAACAUCAACAGCGCAAGAAUACCUCCAACUCGGGAUCCAACACCACGAAGCGAACCGACUGCGAGAGUCUGCGGUGUGCUUUGAAAAGAGUGCCAAGGAAGGAGGAGGGUGCGGAGUGGGGAUGUUGAUGUGGGGAUUGACGUUGCGACAUGGAUGGGGAUGUGAAAAGAACGAAAAGAUCGGGUUCAAGUGGCUUCGACGGGCAGCAGAGAGUGCUGUAGAAGACUUGGAGAGUGCACGAGGGGGAGGAGAAUGGAGUGCUGUUCGGAGUGAGCUGGUUCUGGCUAUCUACGAAGUCGGACAGUGUUUCUUUCAUGGAUGGGGAGUGGUUAAAGACCAAAAGAUGGCAGUAAGUUAUUACAGGGUUGCAGCCAGGAUUGGAGACUCGGAUGCUCAGGUUGAUCUAGCAUUCUGUCUGGCAAAUGGAAAGGGAUGCAAAAAGGAUAAAAGAGAGGCAGCUAAAUGGUACAGGGCUGCUGUGAAUCAAGGUCAAAGUGAUAUAGGCUUAGCUUGGAUUUACAAACACAAAUACCAAUAAUGACAAUCAUCCACCAUUCAAA